UGGACAAAAAAAAAAAAAAAACAGGCGGCAAACCAAGCUCCAAGGGUAGCAUUAGUUUAUACAAAAAGAUUUUGUUUCUUUUCAGACACCCUUAUGUUUUACUACCUAACAGGAACCAAAAACCCAGUCAUAUACUGACGUAGUUAUACAGCUUUCCCACUUUCAUAAUCCAACUCACCGGAAUUCCUGAUUUAAUUAUCCCUUUGCUGUGUGUUUGGAGUGAGAAGGAAGGAUAAGGCAGGAAUGAAUGGAGGGUUCGAGAGAGAAGCAUGGAAAGCUCAUGCUUCCAUGGCUUUGGUUCAACUCUUCAAUGGAGGCUAUCAUGUAAUUACCAAAGUAGCUCUCAAUGUUGGCGUCAACCAGCUUGUCUUCUGCGUCUUCCGUGAUCUUCUUGCUCUCUCCCUUCUUGCCCCCGUCGCCUAUGUUCGUGAAAAAAGGAUUCGACCUCCUAUGACUAAACGCCUCCUACUAACAUUCUUCUUCCUUGGGUUAACUGGGAUAUUUGGGAACCAGCUUUUAUUUCUCAUUGGUCUAAGCUACACAAAUCCAACUUAUGCUGCUGCCAUUCAACCUGCAAUUCCAGUCUUUACAUUUCUCUUAGCCGUAAUGAUGCGUACAGAAAGAGUGAAUUUGCUCAAAACUGAAGGUCAAGCAAAGGUUGGAGGUACCCUAAUCUGUGUUUCUGGUGCAAUAUUAAUGGUUCUGUUUCGUGGUCCAGCUUUGCUUGGACAGUCGAAUGGAGACUUUGCCGUGCAAAAUGACAUAAGUGCCAGGGGUCAACCAGAGCCUGCUGGAUGGCUUAUGACUAGUUUUCUCGAGUUUGGACUUGACCCUUGGCAUAUUGGAGUUAUAUGCUUGAUAGGGAACUGUAUAUGCAUGGCUGCUUUCCUGGCCAUUCAGGCUCCAGUUUUAGCCAAGUAUCCUGCCAAUAUUUCUGUCACCGCGCUUUCCUAUUUUUUUGGCGCUAUAUUGAUGGUAGCAAUAGCAUUUUUUUUCACCAAUGAGUCAACAGAUUGGAAUCUGACACGGUCUGAGAUUUUUGCUGUUGUGUAUGCUGGAGUUGUAGCAUCAGCUCUUAACUACGGGCUCCUGACGUGGUCGAAUAAGAUCUUGGGGCCUGCUUUAGUUGCUCUCUAUAAUCCACUUCAACCUGCAGCAUCAGCCUUUCUGUCGAGAAUUUUCCUCGGAAGUUCGAUUUAUUUGGGAAGUGUUAUUGGGGGAUUUCUAAUAAUUGCCGGUCUGUAUACGGUCACUUGGGCAUCCUACAGAGAAAGAUGCGCAGAAGGAAUGAUGCCUCAGAAUGUUCGGUCCUCCGAACCUCUCAUUCACAAAGAUGAAUCAAUUAACAAGAACCCGUACCAGAGAGCACGCGUUUUCUCCGAACCAUCUGUUUUAUCACCUAAAUCCAGUGAUUAACUCUGUAAUGAAAUGUGAUGUAAAGUUGUAUGAUUCUCUUUUCCUCAGGUACAUGGCAAAAGUGAGAUUCAUUAAAUACAUGUUCAACAUGCAACUUAAGCUUACUCCUA